GUAUGUAGUGAUGGCAGCUAAAUAUACCCUCAGGUGCGAGCAUGACAGUGUCAUGGGGCGGGAGAGGGUAGCACCUCAGAGCAGAGGAUGUCGAGGUUUGGGUUCAGGUCCGCGGCGGUCAGCCACACGUGGCGGUUCAUUGGUCUCCUGCGCCACAGAAUUGUUUCCAUCCGUUUCCCAACACUUUCCGGCUGGUACUCAGCUUCGCGCCGACAUCACAAGCAUAGAUCAUGCGGAGAGCCAGUGGAGUGAAGGUGUCUUCUGCCCGCGAGGUUUGCAUCUUCUGCGCCACUAGACAACUUACCGCUGCCAUACUUCCAAUUGCGAGCUCUCAAUUCCCUCAACGGAGGCACCUCAGUUCGUCAAACAAAGCUCAGAAUGCCUCGGAUUCGCUCUACAGGGAGGCGGCGCCUCGUUCUCGACCGCUCACGCCCAAGGAGCAGAUGGAAUUGAUGCGCCAGCGGUUUGCUGUUCCGCAGCAACCACAGCCUCAGCAAACAUCAAAUGAUGCGUCACAGGCAGGGGCUAAGACGGGUUCUCAGUCGCGGCCUUUUGAUAGGCCACAGGCGCAACGGUAUGGUUCGCAGCGAAAUCUCAACCCUUUCGACCGCCGGGGUCCGAAUCAGCGCUCUGAAAGAUACACACCCAACCGCGGUGAUCAGUCUCAAAACAGGUACAAUGUGAGAAUGGGAAACGGGCCAUCUUUCGAGGAGGGGCCUCAAUUCGGUUCCGCUCCACAUUUGCGGCGAAGGGACAAUAUGGUCAACCGCACGAAUCCUGCGUCCACUACGGACGCGGGCGUCUCACAUCCUCCGCCUCUUCGCCCCAAACUAGACAAAGACGAACUGGCGCGCCUGCUGGGUAAUGCGAGCGAGUCGAACAACAAUGUGGCGCCGAGAUCAUAUACACCCCUCGCACGAGAUGCGCGGACAGAGGUGACUUGCUUCACUUGCGGGCAACAGGGCCAUAGGAAGUGGGAAUGCCCAGAAAGAGACUCGGACCGCCAGCAAACUCGUAUGCAGCCGCAGGCUCCUUUCUCUAGACCGCAACAAGAAUCGCAAGGAUCCGAAGCGGACGCUGCAGAAGGGUGGAAGCAAAAGGGCAUCAUUGGGGAGGACGGCGUGCUUCGAGAGCAGAGCAGUCCUGCCGAGGAAGAGGAGCGAAGAAAGGCAGAAGCCCUUGAACGGCUGAGUCGUAAAUUCAAGAUCGAUGACGACAGCUUGCCUAAGCAAACCCGUAAUCGAUAUGAGGAACCGAUGCGUCGCCGGGGAGGAGGCCAAGAACGAAAAGGGCGUAAUCGAGUUAUGCGCAAUAUGGAUGAGGAAGAUGAGAUAUAUGUCAGUAAGGCGGAGCGUAAGCGGCUACGUGAGGAGGCGAAGAAGGCUGCACAACUCGCAAAAGCGGAACCGGUUCGACUUUAUCUUCCAGAGUACAUCAGCGUCACCAAUCUCGCAUCCAUGCUGAAACUGCGCGUAGAAGACUUCGUGAAAAAGCUGGAAGAACUGGGAUUCGAGGACGUUCAGAACGAUCACAUCCUCAAUGCCGAGCAUGCGGCCCUGGUGGCGCAGGAAUAUAACUUCGACCCCGUCAUCCAGGUCGAGAGCGAACAUGAUGGCGAUUUAUACCCUGCCCCACCGCUAUCUCCAGAGGAGUACGCAAAGCUACCUCAUCGCCCACCGGUGGUCACCAUCAUGGGCCAUGUCGACCACGGAAAAACGACUAUCCUUGAUUAUAUGCGCAGCACGAGCGUCGCUGCCACGGAGUUUGGAGGCAUUACACAACACAUUGGUGCCUUCAGCGUUCCCCUUUCCUCCGGUAAGAAGAUUACCUUCUUAGACACGCCGGGUCACGCCGCCUUCGAGACAAUGCGCGCUCGCGGUGCCAACGUUACGGAUAUCGUCGUAUUAGUCGUAGCCGCCGACGACUCCGUCAUGCCACAGACCGUCGAGGCAAUCAAGCAUGCGCAGGCAGCCAAGGUUCCCAUUAUUGUCGCCAUAAAUAAGAUUGACAAGGCGCAAGCGGACCCUGAGCGGGUGAAGCUGGAUCUCGGGCGUCAUGGCGUCGAGGUCGAAGAUUUCGGUGGAGACGUUCAGACCGUGUGCGUUAGCGGCAAGACUGGUCAGGGCAUCUCCGAUCUGGAGGAUGCCAUCUCUUUGCAAUCCGAGGUUUUGGAUCAUCGCGCGGACCCAGAGGCCAAUGUGGAAGGAUGGGUGCUCGAGGGUUCGACUAAGAAAAAUGGACGGGUCGCCACUAUACUGGUUCGCAAUGGCACGCUCCGCCCCGGCGACUUCCUCGUUGCUGGCAACACCUGGACACGCGUAAAAACCCUCCGCAACGAAGCAGGCGCCGUGGUGCCGGAAGCGGGACCCGGCACGCCCGUCGAAGUUGACGGCUGGCGGGACCAGCCGAUGGCGGGAGAUGAAGCUUUGCAAGCUGCGGACGAAGACCAGGCAUCGGAGGUGGCAGAGUUGCGCAAGGAGAAACUCGAGCGCCUGCAAAUGGCCAAGGAUGUAGAAGCCAUUAACACUGCGCGUCGUCUGGAGGCAGAGCGUCGCGAAGCUCAAGAAGCUGCCGCCAAGGCUGGUGCGAAUGGAGGAGAUGCGGUCUCAACCAAGACGGCACAAGAGAGCGGACCUGAACUCGUGAGCUUCAUCGUCAAGGGUGAUGUCUCCGGGUCUGUGGAAGCCGUCAUCGAUUCCCUCGUUGCAAUCGGUAACCAUGAAGUCGGUACACGUAUCCUGCGAUCCGGUGUUGGCUCGCCCUCCGAGUUCGACGUUGAGCAUGCGGCUGCUGCAAAAGGUCAUAUCGUCAAUUUCAACACGCCUGUGCCAGGUCACAUAUCCGGCCUGGCGGAAGAGAAGGGUGUCAGGAUUCUAGAUUCGAACAUCAUUUACCGUGUCGUCGAGGAUGUAAAGGCACUCUUGAGCGAGAAGUUGGCUCCCAAGGUUACCCAGAAGGUCACUGGCGAGGCGGAGAUUGCAGCGAUCUUUGAGAUUGGAUUAGGCGGAAAGAAGAAGUUGAGGGUUGCUGGCUCCAAAGUUCGAAACGGUAUCAUAGAGAAGGGAGCCAAGGUGAAGGUGCUCCGAAAAGACGAGGUGGUGUUCGAUGGUGAGUGCGAGCUUUUUGUCCAUGCUCUUCUACAGGUUUUCGCUUACUGACAUGACACAGGUGUCAUCAACUCGCUCAAGAACCAGAAGAAAGACGUCGAUCAAAUGCGCAAAGACACCGAGUGCGGUAUCGCCUUUGACGGGUGGGAGGAUUUCCAGGUCGGAGAUAAGAUCCAGUGCUACGAGGAGAAGAGCGAGAAGAGGUAUCUGUAAACCUAUCGACUUCACUCUGUAUAUAUAGACCUGCAUUUUUGGGGCGUGGGUGGUGUCUGAAAAUGGCAUUGUACGGCUACCUAUUCUAGCCAUUGUUGUAAAGCUCAUGAACAUCCUUCAUAAAUCCUUCAUAACUGUACUAUUCCUCACAGUGGACAAGGGGCGGGCAAGCACACACAGACACACGGAAGUAGAUCGAGAGAGUCAUGUCCAUUAAUUGUCCUCCAGAGCUCAGAGCUCGUCAAACAUUAUGCA